GACCAUUAGGGAAACAUGGGAAGAAGUCAGCUGACCAAAAUACACGGUCUGCACUUGCGUGUUAGUCCUUCCUCCCGUACAGUUUGAGCUCAUGAAAAGUGAACGAAAUGGUUGUUUAUACUUUCAUUUAGUCAACUAAAGCGACACAAUAUAAUCUCAAUACAAGAGGAGCGGAUUACAUGUUUUCUAUGUUAUUUUGGUAGCUUGCUUGGAUGUUUAUUUAUGUUCUGUUGGACCAGUUGAUUCAAGUGCUUCAAAGUCAGGUUUGGCUUGAUACUACAGCAGCCAUCUAUGUAAAGUAACGUUAGCGAAUACAUUUGUCACAUUUUUCCUCUUGAGUCAAUUAACAUUAGGUAGAGAGAGUCUGACAGUUCUGCCAUGGGACGAAAGAAACAGGGUAAAUUUGAGCGCCCAGUGAACAAGGGGAAAGAUAAACGACACAGGAUGAAGGGGAAAUCUCUUGAGUGUUUCACAGAAGAGAUGCAUGGUGCAUUGCAAGGUACAGUAUGCCUCUUCCGAAACAGUAUGUGUCAUACCGAUAACCAGUCAUGUUGUGUGUGUGUGUGUGAUCAUGUAACUUCAACCUGGUCUCAGAGCAUGUUUUAUUAUUCUGUAUGUAAAUCCGAGACUCUCCAUUUAGCAUAUGUUACGUUUCGUAUGGUAUGUAUUAAGUAUGUAUUAAUUUGUAUGAUAUGUUUUAUAUGAUAUGUUACGAAUUACAAUUCGUAUUAUCUGUUACUAAUUUGCAAAACGUACAAUAUGUUACGAAUUUGCUAAAUGUAUCAUAUGUUAUGAAUUCUAGCUAGGUGGCUAACGUUACCCAGCUCGCUAAUGUUAGCUAUGUUAGGAGUUAGUGGUUAGGGUGAAGUUUCAGAGUUAGGGGAAGGGUUAGCUAAAAGGGUUAGGGGAAGGGUUAGCUAAAAUGGUUAGGGUAAGGGUUAGCUAACAUGCUAAGUAGUUGCAAUGUAGCUAAAAAGUAGUAAGUAGUUGAAAAGAUGCUAAAGUUGUCCGUGAUGAGAUUCAAACUCACAACCUUUGGGUUGCUAGAUGUUCACAUUAUACGCCUACCCAUCCACCCCGAGCAACCACCCUUUCAGUAACCAUCUGUCUUAUGUAACCAUACCAAAAGUAACAUAUCAUACUAAAUGAAGCUUCUCGGAUUUACAUACAGAAUAAUACGAAAUGCUCUGAGACCAGGUUGGUAACUUGGUUGGUUUUUCUCUGUUUCAGCCAGCAUGCAGCCUGAUGAUGCAGGGGAGGCUGCCCAGGUGAAGUUGCCCUGCCCCCUGGCUAUGUGGGAGCUGGGCCACUGCGACCCAAAGCGCUGCACAGGAAGAAAGCUGGUCCGCAAAGGCUUUGUUCACAACCUACGCCUCAACCAGAGGUUCCACGGACUCAUUCUGAGCCCCAUGGGCACCAAAUAUGUCUCACCAGCAGACAGGUGAGUGAUGCUUUUGACAUGGCCUAAACCCUAAGCACGUCAUUACCACUGAUAGAUAAGGGCUGGAUAUAAUUUUAUCAUAACUUUACCCUUUCACUGUCUGUGAGAUCAGGACAAGUUUAACCGACCACGACCAUCAAUUUCUAAGCAAUAUUAUUGGGGCAUAUCUCAAUAGUAUAUACAAGUAUUUGUGAUGUUGAAGUCAGAGUCCUGUGUUUUCCUUUAUUUUUCAGGGACAUUGUGGCUCAGAAUGGACUGGCUGUCAUUGACUGCUCUUGGGCUAAACUUGAGGAGACACCCUUCAAUAAAAUGAUAGGUAGUCAUCCUCGGUUGCUACCGUACUUGGUUGCUGCCAACCCAGUGAACUAUGGCAAGCCCUGCAAGCUGUCUUGUGUGGAGGCUUUUGCUGCCACCUUCUGCAUUGUGGGUAAGGCUUGAGCUAUUCUGCAGUUAAUUCAUAACCUGUGGUGUCGUAUCGCAUUUACCUGAAUAGAAGAUUUGACACAAAUGCCCAUCUAUACAAUUUAAUUGGUUUUACCAUCAGAUUACCUUAGUAGUGUUGGCAGUGUCAUGAAUUAACAUGUCUGAAAUGCAGGUUUCCGGGACCUGGCCGUGAUUCUGCUAAGGAAGUUUAAGUGGGGGACUGUGUUUCUGGAUCUGAACAAGACUCUGCUGGAGCGCUAUGCAGCUUGUCAGUCAGAGGAGGAGCUGCUGGCUGUGGAGAAAGAGUACCUUAACACCCCUCCUGAGAAAGAGGAGUUUGGUAAGUUACUGUAAGAGAAGUUUUGGGCCAAAUCCCAGGAAAUAUCUGGAGUUGAGUAAGGGGUGAAUGGUUAGCCAUACAAGAAGGUGUUAAGAAAACCGUGGUAUGCCUUCGGAGGGAAGAGCACUAUAGAUGUCAUAGAAAGCUUAGCCUUUAACAUAUUUUACUUUGAGUGUUUGUGUAUUUCUUCAGACACUGUCUUGAACCAAAAAUGUCUAAUCCAUUGUCUUUGCAGAUCCAUUCGAUGUUGAUUCAGGGAGAGAAUCCAUGAAUCUUAACAGACCCCGUCGGUAAUAAAGACACGUUGCUUUAUAUUGCAUUGAAAAUCAUAAUAUAUUUAAUUAAUUUCAGUCUCACAUUUGUUGUGACAACUAUGUUGGUAAAUGGUAUUGCAUAUCAUCUUUGUUUAGUGUUGCUGAGGAAGAGGAUGAUACAGAGAGUGAUGGUGAGGAAGCUGGAAGUUCUGGGACAUCAGAAAAUGAUGAUGACGAUGAUUUCGAAGAGGAAGAGGAAGAGGAAGAAGGGGGAAAGGAGAGAAAAACUGGAGAUGAGGAGGAAGAGCCAGGAGAGUCAUCAAAAGUGCAAUGA